AUGUGGAAUGUACAAGUGGUAUUAACUUCCAUAUUCGUGAUUUUCUGUGGGAUCGUCUUCCGCUUGGUUGCGUUGAAUGUGAAAGAUCCAUUCAUUGAUGAAAUUUUUCACCUUAGACAGUGCCAGACGUAUUGUGCGCUUAGAUUCGACAUAUGGGAUCACAAGAUAACUACACCUCCAGGGUUAUAUAUAUUGGGAAUGGUUUAUGCAGAGGUUGUAAAAAGAAUAACGUUCACAUCUGAGUCGUUGGUAUCGGUUUGUGAAAACAUGAAUGUGUUGAGAUCAGCUAAUUUGUUUGGUGGGCUUGUGGUGCUUCCAUUAAUCGUUCAGGGUUUAGUUGAAAAAGAAAAACCACAAUUCUGGACCGUUAAUAUCGUAGCAAUGCCAUUGUUAUUCACAUACUACUUUUUGUUCUACACCGAUAUUUGGGCAAGUAUAUUGAUAGUGGCAUCGUUAGCAUUGGUGGUGAGACAGCCUCUUGGACUUAUUACAAGCUCAUAUAUUAGUGGGAUAAUUGCAUUUGCCAGUUUAUGGUUCCGUCAAACGAACAUCAUUUGGAUUGCCUUUAUUGCGUCCUUAUUAGUUGAUAAGAGAAGAAGGGAACAUCAUAAUGACAUGGGGUUCGUACAAAAUGGCAUAAACUUCAUUCGUCAAGCUGUCAAGGAUUGGGUUGCCGUUCUUCCAUUUAUAAGUAACAUCAUCUUGUUUGCCAUAUUCGUUAAGUAUAAUGAAGGAAUAACCUUUGGGGAUAAAGAAAAUCACAAGCUCAACUUACAUAUUGUUCAGGUAUUCUACUGUUUUACAUUUAUGAGUAUGUUUACAUGGCCCGUGUGGUUGUCUAUUCGGUUGAUCAAGAGAUACAUACACUUUACAAUACUAGGUAAUUAUGGUUUGAACACCAUAUUCACGAUAGGUUCAGGAAUUCUAAUUAAAUUUAUUAUUGAUAAUUAUACAGUUGUUCAUCCAUUUUUGUUAGCCGAUAACAGACAUUAUACAUUUUACAUUUGGAAAAGAAUUCUCAAUCGAGAAUACAGCAAUAUUUUUAUGAUACCAAUCUACCAUUUUUGCACUUGGAAUAUCAUUGAUUCUUUGUCACACAACAUUGGUGGAUUGACUCCUAUUACCAUUAUUACAUUUAUCGGGGGGAUAUUCAUUACUAUUAUUCCUUCACCGCUUUUCGAGCCUCGCUAUUAUAUUGUUCCAUUAUUAAUUUAUCGAUUAUAUGUUAGGCCAACAAAAGAAAAAGUCUUUGGUAUUAGUAUAUCGAGGCAUGCUUUAGAAUUUUUUUGGUUUAUGAUGGUUGAUGUGGCCAUCACGGUUAUCUUCUUAUGUUAUGAAUUUACGUGGUUCAGUGAACCCGGUAAAAUUCAAAGGAUUGUAUGGUAG